ACUUCACAAUACAGUACAGUACACGCCUCCAUCACCACAUAUCAGCGACGCGCGCCAAUCGAGGCAAAGACUCCCAAUCAAACAGUUACUCGACGGUGACGGAAUCACGUUUCUUUAUUUGACCAAUUCAUCUGUCUUUCGAGCAAUUUCUACAACGAAUUGCAAACUUGCGCGCCACACCACGUUCAGAUCACCAAAUCACUCUCGCUGCAUCGGACAGAGCAAUAUACGUCUCACUACGACCUUCAAACCCGUGUGCGCCCAACAUGGCAGCCACAGCAACAAACACAACGCCGGUCGAAGCUGGCAGCGCACUUGCGCAAGCCAUCCAAACCGCCGUUCACACCAAAGUCGUCGAGCAUGGAUGGGCGGCGGAGGAGAACGACACCACGCUUUCGGAGUAUGUUGUCACCAUGCUGGUCGAGGGAAAAGACCAAUCGGCCGUGCGGGCAGAACUCGGCGGAGAUCUUCUAGGUCUUGGAGAGGACGACCCGCAGGUGGUGGAGUUUGCGGCGUGGUUGUUCGAACAACUGGGCAGCGUCAAUAGUGCGCAACAAACGCAAGCAUCGCAACAGCAGCAAGCGCAGCAGCAGGGACAGACGGAACAGAAUGGUGGUGAUAUGCAGAUGGACGAGGACUCAUCGGCAGCGCCCGUGGAUGGAGCGCCGAAAGGACCUAAAUCGAUGCGCAAUAGUGUGCGCGGUCGUCGCAUGCUCGGACAGAUGAACAGACAUAUUGACCGUCCUCAAGAUUUACCCGACUCACUACGCAAGAUUAAAGGUGCCGCUGGAGGACUGGCAGGGCGGAUCAACUCACAUACACGCGAGGCGCCGCGUGGGCCCAAGAACAACAGUGGACUUCAACGAAUGGCUGCCGGAGGUGGUCGCGGCGGACAUAAUCCGAUGAUGAUGCCAAAUAACCCGGCGAUGGCGAAUGGUCUCAUGGGUGGAAUGGCGCCGCAACAACAAGCACAAUUCAUGCAGAUGCUAGAAAUGCAAGCACAGAUGAUGGCACAGAUGAUGCCAAAUAUGGCGCCUGGUAAUGGCUUCCCGCAUCAAAACGGAGUUGGCGCCCACCGAGGCGGUCGUGGUAAUCACAACUCAAGAGGCGGUCGUCAGCAACAUCAGCAGAACAAUCAAACACAGCAGCAACAUGCCGUGAAUGGGAGAUUACCUGACGGACCUCUCCAGCCAACGGACUCGGCUAUGGAGGUUGAUGGAUCUGACGGACCACCUUCCAACUCUCGCAGCGAACUUUUCAACACGCUCUGCCGUUUCAACCUCGCUUGCACGAAUCCCUCCUGCGGUUACGCCCACCAAUCGCCUUCCGCCCCGCCCAACACCACCGUCGACCUAACCGAUACCUGCAGUUACGGUCCCGCUUGUGCGAACCCGAAAUGCAGCGGCCGACACCCUUCACCCGCUCAGCGCACAGAGCACAACAACAACGGUGCGACGACCAAGCAAGACGUCGACUGUCGCUUCUUCCCCAACUGCACCAACCCACGCUGUCCCUUCCGCCACCCAGCCGACAGCACUGGCAAAGCUGUGUGCCGCAACGGCGCCGAUUGCACCGUGCCUGGCUGUGCUUUCCUACACAGCAAAAUCGCCUGCCGGUAUAACCCAUGCCUAAACCCCUCGUGCCCUUUCAAGCACGUCGAGGGUCAAAAGCGUGGCAAAUUCGAAGAUAAGGUAUGGACGGCGGGUGAGGGCAAUGGCGCGGCGAGUAAGAGCGAGCGCUUCGCGGGCUUCUCUGCGCAGGACGGCGCAGAAGAGGAAUUGAUUCUUCCCGGGGCGGGCGGGGCGGAAUCUGGCAAUGGAUUGAAUGGCGGUGGAGGAGCAGCGCAAGAGGCGGACCUCAUCGCCUAAGCAGCGUGAUCUGCAUCGACAGUUGUCGUCGAGGGAUUGCUCGCCUAAAUGGCUACUUCUCGGGGUCUUUGGUUGUGGUUGUUGCCGGAAGAAGCCAAGAUGUAUAUUUAUGAAACCUUUUUGGAAAGGAUUUGGACAGGACUGAUGGAAUCCGAUGAACGGGAUAGAUAAUCGACAAUGGGUGGUGAAAUGGUGUGCUGAUUCAAUCGAAACCACUUUUUGGCGAGGAAUCUAUCCUCGACCGUUUUCUUAUCUCUUCAGACAGGAUCCCGAGGUUCGUAAGUGUGAAACAAGGUGAUCCAUAUGAGCGAUUGAAGAUGAAAUGUACUUUCAGCUGCUAGGUGGUGGAGUUUUUGGGAUAUUGUACAGGAGAGACCUUGAUGGCGGUGUUUCGAUGCACCUUGAGGGAUAAUCAUGUUGUAAUUUACAGUAGCACUCGUGA